CUCUUCCAUCCGACUAAGAGACGGCCAUGAUGGCGGCAAGACAGAUGCGCGCUACCGCAUCAACACUUAGAGCGACGGCUAAGGCUGGACCCAGCAGCAGGAGGUUGGCAGCACCGUCAUCGCGCCGAUCCUUCCACGCUUCGCCCGCCAGGAAGGACGCUGCGCAUAGCAGCGGAGGGCAUGGGAGCGAGGAGUACGCGCCUGAGACCUUCGCCACCCCCUUCUGGCGUAACAUCUUCCUCUUCACCCUGGGCGGCUUCGGCCUGUACCGCUUCUCCCUCCUCGGCGCCGAAACGCACUCCACCCGUCAACCAGGAGGGGACGACCUUGAGCACGAAGAGGGCAACGACGACAAGCGUCCCUUCCUGACGCGCUACAUUGAGAACUACACGACUAGCUCUGAUACGUGGAAACAGAAUCAGGAGAGGCACCUCGAGUUGUCAAAGCAGGCCGCUGAGAGGAAGCUCUUCUUGCAGGAUGCGGAGAUGGCGCCCGUUAGGAGGAUGAGGUAUAUUCAGACCUUCCAACAGGCGUCGCCCCAUCUCAACAAGGUGGGCGACCAGGUCGACCUGUCCGACUUGGAGAUUAGGAAGGCAAAUGAGUAGAGGGGAGGUUCGGGUGCUGAGGCUCUAGUGGUGCAGAAGUGGACUAGAGAGA